ACGGAUCAUUUGUCAGAGGAGUACCCCAUUGAACUCGUAAAAAGCUACUAUCAAUUUUAGCAACUCCGAUUGAAUCAGAAACCCUAAAUUUCGAUCCGGAGGAAUAAGAAGAAAAUUGAAAGAUGAAAAGAGUUUUCGGCAUUAAGAAAGAAACACAACCUCCUCCCUCCGUUCAAGAUGCUUCCGAUAGGAUUAAUAAAAGAGGUGAGACAGUGGAAGAGAAAAUCAAGAAGCUUGACGUUGAACUUGCAAGAUACAAGGAACAGCUGAAGAGGACUCGACCAGGUCCAGCUCAGGAAGCUAUAAAAGCUCGAGCAAUGAGGGUUUUGAAACAAAAGAGAAUGUAUGAAGGUCAACGUGACAUGCUAUACAAUCAGACAUAUAACCUAGACCAGGUCUCAUUUGCUGCUGAGGGAAUCAAAGAUGCUCAGCAAACAAUGGCGGCUUUGAAGUCAGCAAACAAAGAAUUAAAAGGAGUGAUGAAAACUGUGAAUAUUCAAGACGUAGAUAACUUACAAGAUGAAAUGGUGGACCUGAUGGACGUAAGCAAUGAAAUUCAAGAGACUCUUGGUAGAAGCUAUGGUGUGCCUGAUGACGUUGACGAAGAAGAGCUCAUGGGUGAGCUUGAUGCUUUGGAAGCGGACAUGGAAACUGAAGGUGAAGGUGUCCCUUCAUAUCUACAACCUGAUAAGGAACCAGAUCUUGAUUCAGAGCUUAACUUGCCAUCAGCACCAAUGGGGUAUGCACCAACACCAGCAGGCAGAGCUAACACCCAGGCUGAAGAUGAACUAGGAUUACCUGCUGUCCCUCGUGCAUCACUUCGUGGUUAGGAGAGUUUUUGAAUAACUUGGUGUAAACACAGUGUGCAGAGCAUAUGCUUAUUGCUAAUUACUUCUCUGGAGGAUUAAGGGUGAUUUAGCAUAAUUAUAACAGUCAGAUUUGUGAUUAAUGAUUGUAUGCUCAUUUUAGAAUCCUAAUCCUAUAUCAAUAAAGAACAGAAAUCGUCUGCUAAGUUCAUAAGA